AUAAAAUAUAUAUGUUUGAGAUUUGAAAUGUACUGUUUUGAAGAGACGUUUGGAUAAAAAAAUUGUUUAUUGUUAUAUCUAUUGAAAAAAAAUAAGAAUCAUGGCUAUUGGAGAAAACAAUAAACAUGAUUGCAAAAUUUCUAAUUCUGUUAAAAGAAUUUUUAAUAACAUUUGUGUUGUUAGUGAUUGUUGCGCUAUUUCCUCCUCAAAAAUGAAAAAUAGUUUAACUCAAAUUAAUUACACCUAUUUGCAGAUGAAAAAACCAAAAAUUGGAAAACAUAAAGGUUUUUAUAAUUCGUUAUUUGAUGAAAUAAAUGAGAAAAGCGGCAAGGUUCGAUUCAAGAAUUUUAGGAGCCGAAAUAGGAAAGAUCAAGCACAGGAAUCGUCAUCAAAAUUCCGGGAAAAUACAAUUUCUUGUUUACAACAUUUCUAUUCGUUCCAAAAUAUUGGAAUUUGGGAUUUAAAAACGCGAAAUGUGGGUAAAUAUUCUCAACUUUCACAUAACAAAUUCAAGCAGAACGAAAAUUUGACGAUAAAGCAUCAUUGCAUCUUGGACGACAUUUUAAAAUUAAAUAGCUCUUGCUUUAAAAAUGAGAAACAUGAUUUUGUGAGAAUCAAAAUUGCGAAAAGUUUUCGUAGUUUAAAUAUUAAAGAAUUAUUAUCGAAAAACACGAAAUCCUUCGAUCUUGGAGACUACAAAAUAAAUAUGAAAACUUUUGCAAAGAGAAAAAAUAGUGAAGUGACAAUUCAUCAUAGAAAUAUAAAUAAUUGCAAAAUAACCCAGACUUUAUUGUAUCCGAAAUAUCCCAGCAAAUUUCAGACGACAAAUCAUAUAUAUUCACCUUUGGAAUGUAAAGAAAAUAGUAACAAAGAGUUUGUUUUCAGCCCAAGGAACAAUGAAUGUAUAACUUUCAACUAUUAUAUGAAAGAAAAAGAUAUACCGAAAGAAUCAAAACAACUAUACAAAUAUAACGAGAUUUUUAAAUACUGCUCAAAAAAAGGUCGACUUUUUUCUGAUGUUAUUUUAAAAAACAAAAAGCUACCGCUUUCCAAAUCACACCCAUUGGUAUAUAAGAUCAAAUGCGUAAAAAGUAGUAAGCUAACAAUUAAAAAUUAUGGUAUAAGAGAUAUUGUCCAAGAAGCAAUGAAAAAUACAUCCGAUAAUAAAAGUUUGCAGAUUGGGUCACCAAUGUCCCUAAAAGAUAAUAAUAUAUUUGAAAAAACUGCAGAUUUUUCAAAAUUGUACCUGUCAAUAAUAUCCAUGAAUUUUAAUAAAUAUAAUACCCAUCAGAGAACUUCAAAUAUUACAAAUAAAAAAUCAGUAACGAACAUUUUAUCAAAAACUACUAGUAAGUACAAUCAUGAAAAACUAUUUAGAAUGUCACUUUUUAAUUUGCGGAAUUCUUGUUUGUCAUCCCGGUUAUUCAAUGGAAUGGUGUAUCCUAAAAAUGAAUGUCAGACUAAACACCAAAAUAACCGAGUACUACAAAAUAAUGAUAAUAAAUUAUAUAAUUACGAAAUUAAAAGACAAUGUAUUGAAAAGGACCAUUGUCAAAACACUACAAUGUCUUCAUUGAAUAUUCAAGAAUUAAUUUGGGAAAAGUCAACGAGUUUUAAUCGGGUUUCCAAAGCAGAGCAAGUGCGAGAAAAUAUCGAAGGGCAUAGUGAUAUCGAUGAUUUAGUAAUAGGCGCUGGAGUGAGUUCUCGAAAAGUUAAAAAAAAAUAUAUACAAAAAUUAAAUUAUGAAAUAAAGUCGGAUUCUAACUUAUUAUUGCUUGCUAAAUAUGAUUCAAAUACCCUUAUAAAAUAUAGAAAAACGUUGCAUUAUGUGCCUACCGUUAUUGCUAAUAAAACAAAUAUCGAAGAUACUGUAAGAUUUACUAAUGACUCAGCAAUCAUAAAAGAUAAAAAUGUUGUAAUUAUUAAAAAUUCAAAUUACUUACAUAGUAGCGAUUUUGCUUUCAGUUCUAAAGUUCCUACUUCCAGAUCGGAAUCAUAUGUAGAAGGAGAUAUUCAAAUGAAAUCCAAUCGAAGGAUAAAACUAAAUAGUUAUUCAGUAUUGAAUUUUUCUAAUGACGCAGAUUGUAUUCCAUGUACUGUUAAAGCCUCCAAAAACAUUUUUGCCAUUCUAGAGGAGGUAGUCAAAAAAAAUAUUGAUGCAUCUGUAGUACCCUUGCCUGGAAAGUAUGAUGGUACAUUUGAUUGUCAUUACAAACCAAAUAUCAGUGUAAUACAUUUACUAAGUAAAUGUGAAAAUAAUAAUAAUGUGGUGUGUAAUCAACAUAAAUGCAACUCUUGGUCUAAAUUAAAUACAUGUCGCAGUACAGAUUUGGUUUUAAAUCCACACUAUUCUUCAAUGAUGAAUAGAGUUGAUGCCAAAAUUAUGUUUGAUUCAAUAUGUUAUCUUAAUUUGAAUAGUUUAAUUGACUUAAAUACUUCUUCAACAUAUAUGAAUAACAUGGUAGGUGGUAUCCAACACACAAAGGACAAUUAUGCGGAUAAUAUUCGUACGCGGACUUCUCUCAUCAUUUACGUGGCUUCGGAGCAAUUUAGCAGUUCAAAAUUGUGUAAAAUUAAAAAUAUAACUGUGCCUGUUUCUAACUGUAGAGAUAUUGAAAAGCCUGUAUUCGAAAAUGAAACAAAUUUUACUUUUGAAGGAAAUAAUAUUACUUAUAACAUCGAACGUGCAGAGCAGGAAAUAUUUUGUGAAACAAAUGACAUGCAAAAAUAUAUUUUUUCUAUAGGUAGCACUACAGCUUGCAGCGAAAUAAAGCAAUUAGAUAAGGAAGAAAUCCAUUCUAAAUUAUACCGCGUAAUGAAUAAUGGUGCAAUUUGUAAAAAAAAUACUACAAUCAAAAUCUUAAAACCAAAAUUUUCAGCCAACUUAACUUCGGAAUGCUCUGUCAAAAUAGAAUUUUUCAACCGCUCAGCGUCGCCGUCGCGUUAAUUCGGUAUGUGCCAUACAAAUAGUAUGGGUAUGAGAAUUAUUAAGACACAACCACCGCACAAAUAAGGCAUUAACGUUGCACCAAACAAAUUUCCAUGUGGGAAAAAUUGUGUCACUUUAAAAAACAAGAAAGUUAAGAAUAAAUAAAUAAAUUGAAAUUAAAAAUAUAAAUAAAAAAUUGGAAAACCCGGACCGCUGAAUACAAACCGUGUGAGGAAGGUGGCCCCUCAGUAGCUCUGGAGAAAGGACGACGACCAACCAAGGAGCGUAAGCCGCCUCACCAAACUUUUAACGGUUGUACACUCUACAAUAAAAACAAAAGCGUAUAACAUGUAUAUAAUUCUGCGAUUCACCACAAACGCGAGAACCAGAGAUUAUUAAAAACGAAAAACAUUUAUUAAUAAUAAAAAGGCUUGGACAGUCAAUAAAAGCAGCCUAUCCCAUCACAUCCAACAAGUUGCAAAAAAGGCAAAUGUCCAUCAUUUCGUUGGCCGUUUUGUAGUGUAAUGGGUAACCAUCUGAUCAAUGCAGUCAACGCCGGCCUUUGUUGAAUUAUAAAAUAAAAUUGCUUCCGGUUUUUUGGCUUCACCUUCACAAUCCUUUGUGUAGUGUAGGGUUGAAAUCAAAUUGACUGCCUUGUUCUUUUUCGGAACAUAGCUACAAAUCGAAACGAGAUUAUCGUGAAACCCUAAAAGAGUAGAAAGCAACGGACGAGACGGCUUUUUUUUAAUUCUUCGGGUAAACACUUCUUAUUUGCGCGAAUAGUACCGACGGAAGCAAGUCCAAUGGUAGCCAUCGUUUGGCUCCUGCCAGUGUUGUGAAAAAGUUGUCAGCGACUAUUGUUCUGCCGGUGUUUUCGUACCGCCAUCCUUUUUUCCCGUGUACAAUAUACCUUGCAAUGGGUAUUUUGUUUGUGAGUCACAUGCCCAUCAGAUUUUCACACCGUAUUUGGCUGGUUUUGAUAGUAUGAAUUACGUAAACUUUGUCUUGCCACGAUAAGGAAACAAUUGCUCAUCAAUCGUUACAUUUUCAUGCGGCUCAUAGUUUCUGGCGAGGUUUUCAUUUAAAAAAUUCCAUAUAUCGCGAAUUGCGGCAGCCUUAUCAGAUUGUAGUCGGAAUGAACGUGUGCGGCCAUCAUCGAAACGGAUAUAUCGCGUCAAUAACUUGAAUCGUUUGAGUGGCAUCGCAGCUCGAAAGAUGGGAAGAGCAUCUGUUUUCCACAAAAGUGGUGUGAACUGCAUAUUAUUGUGCGUUACACCAGAAGCAAUAAGAAUGCCAAUAAAUGCAUCAAGUUCGGUGCUAGUGAAAUCCACCCAAACUUUAGGUUUUGAGGUUAGAUUUUCUGCAUUGUGUAUGUAUGUUAUUGGCGUUGAACCGUUUAGCCGGUUAUAGCCGAAUCGAUGAGAGCGCGCCACUCUUCUCUUUCCUUCGCAGUUCGGCGCCAGUUGGAGAUUCCAAGUGUAACCAGGUCGCUCUCCACCUGGUCCCUCCAACGGAGCGGAGGCCUUCCUCUUCCUCGUCUUCCACCAGCGGGUACUGCAUCGAAUACAUUGAGACUUGGGGCACUUUCAUCCAUUCGGACAACAUGACCUAGCCAGCGUAGCCGCUGUCUUUUUAUUCGCUGAACUAUGUCAAUGUCGUCGAAUAACUCGUACAGCUCAUCGUUCCAUCGUCUGCGGUAUUCGCCGUUGCCAAUAUUCUGAGGACCAUAAAUCUUGCGCAAAUUUUUCCUCUCGAAAACUCUUAGUGUCGUCUCAUCUGAUGUUGACAUCGUCCAAGCUUCUGCACCAUAAAGCAGGACGGGAAUGAUAAGCGACUUGUAGAGUUUGAUUUUGGUUCGUCGAAAGAGGACUUUACUGUUCAAUUGCCUACUCAGUCCAAAGUAGCACCUGUUGGCAAGAGUGAUUCUGCGCUGGAUUUCGAGGCUGACAUUGUUAGUGUUGUUGAUACUGGUUCCCACACGAAAUUAUCUACGACUUCGAAGUUAUGACUGUCAACAGUGACGUGGGAGCCAAGACGAGAGUGCGUUGACUGUUUGCUUGAUGACAGGAAAUAUUUCGUCUUGUCUGGAGGGUCUGGAGGUGACCAUUCGCUUCGCCUCCUUAUCCAUGCGGGAAAAAGCAGAACAAACGGCGAGGUUGUUGCUUCCGAUGAUAUCAAUAUCAUCGGCGUAUGUCAUGAGCUGUACACUCUUGUAGAAGAUUGUACCUUCUCUAUUUAGCUCUUAUAAUUUUUUCCAGCAUCAGGUUAAAGAAGUCGCACGAUAGUGAGUCACCUUGUCUGAAACCUCGUUUGGUAUCGAACGGCUCGGAGAGGUCCUUCCCAAUCAUGACGGAGCUUUUGGUGUUGCUCAACGUGAACUUACACAGCCGUAUUAGUUUUGCGGGGAUACCAAAUUCAGACAUCGCGGCAUAAAGGCAGCUCCUUGUCGUGCUGUCUAAAGCAGCUUUAAAAUCGACAAAAAGGUGGUUUGUGUCGAUCCUAUUUGCACGUUUCUUCUCCAAGAUUUGGCGCAUGGUGAAUAUCUGGUCCAUGGUGGAUUUUCCAGGUCUAAAGCCACACUGACAAGGUCCAAUCAGUUUGUUGACGGUGGGCUUAAGUCUUUCACACAGUACGCUCGAUAGAACCUUAUAGGCGAUAUUUAGCAGGCUUAUCCCACGGUAAUUGGCACAGUUUGUGGGAUCUCCCUGUUUAUGGAUUGGGCAGAGCACACUGAGAUUCCAAUCGUCAGGCAUGCUUUCUUCCGACCAUAUUUUGCAAAGAAGCUGAUGCAUGCACCUUAUCAGUUCUUCGCCGCCGUAUUUGAAUAGCUCGGUCGGUAAUCUAUCGGCCCCUGCCGCUUUGUUGUUCUUCAAGCGGGUAAUUGCUAUUCGAAUUUCUUCAUGGUCGGGUAAUGGAAUAUCUAUUCCUUCGUCAUCGAUUGGGGAAUCGGGUUCGCCAUCACCUGGUGUUGUACUUUCACUGCCAUUCAGCUGGUCGGAGAAGUGUUCCCUCCAUAAUUCCAGUAUGCCCUGGACAUCGGUUACCAGAUUACCAUCUUGGUCUCAUGAGUAUGCUCCGGUCUCGAAACCUUCGUAAAGUCGCUUAAUUUUUUCAUAAAAUUUUUACCUCUGUCUGCCAGCUUCUCAAGCUCUUCGUACUUACGCAUUUCGGCCUCUUUCUUUUUUUGUCUGCAGAUGCGUCUCGCUUCGCUCUUCAGCUCUCGGUAUCUAUCCCAUCCCGCACGUGUUGUGGUCGUUUGCAACGUUGCGAGGUAGGCAGUAUGUUUUCUCACCGCUGCGAGACGGCAUUCCUCAUCGUACCAGCUUGUUUUUUGUCGUCGCCGAAAUCCAAUUGUUUCGGCUGCAGCGGUACGCAGUGAGUUUGAGAUACCGUUCCACAGUUCCCUUAUACCGAGAUGCUGAUGAGUGCUCUCAGAGAGCAGGAGUGCAAGUCGAGUAGAGUAUUUCGUGGCUGUCUGUUGCGAUUGCAGCUUUUCGACAUGGAACCUUCCUUGUGUUUGUUGACGGGCGUUCUUUGCUGCACAGAGGCGGGUGCGUAUCUUCGCUGCAACCAGAUAAUGAUCCGAGUCUAUAUUUGGUCCUCGGAGAGUACGCACGUCUAAAACACUGGAGACAUGUCUUCCGUCUAUCACAACGUGAUCGAUUUGGUUACGCGUACCCACCUUCGUCCGUCCUUGUCCCGUCCAUCGCACUUCUUGGAUGGCGGUGAUGUCAGCAUUUAGUCGUAUGAGGACAUCAACCAGGUGGGCAGAGGCACCUUCCCAAUUAAGGGUCCCGACAUUCCAGGUGCAUGCCCUUAAAUCAUUAUCCUUAAAACUUGUGCAGAGGCUUUCGAUUUUUCAUUGGUACUUCGUUUUUUUGUGGUGGGUCCCAAACCCUACGCACAACCGCAGGAGCGGGUUCGUCUUCUCACUUUAGCUCGCCUUCAAACGGAUGUUUGUUAGCUACCCAGAGGAUACUUGGUCUAAAACAGGAAGUCGUGAGCUGCUUGAAUCAUGUGGAGAAGAAUCGUUUUUGGCCCCUCCCAAGUGAAUGACAAUCAAAAACUUUCCUCACUUACGUGACUUUCUACACAUGAUCCCAUCCUCCUAUAGACAAUAAAAUUCUAGAAAGCUACCUGGAAGCGCAAGUCGUUUGCUACAAUCUAAAUAUAUUUAAAUAACAAUUGAAAACAAAAUAUGCCUGGCCAGACCAGUUGGUCUCUUUCGUACUUGUUUUUAUUCAACUUUGCACUUCCAAAAAUGUUAGUAAGAAUAACAGCGGAUUUAUGUAAACAAAUAAAUUGUAUUUCUUUGUCAAAAUGGUAAACAAAUGGGAAUUCAACUGAUAGAAAAGCGUAACCAUGGUUACAUAUGACAGUAUUUAAAUAAUAUUUAAAUGGCAAAGCGUGACUAUUUAAAUAAAAAUUAAGUCAAAUGGUGGAACUGAAAUUAAUUAUUUUUCUCUUAAAUUUGUUUCGUGAAACUGGCUGUUAGUGAGAUAUAAUUUUUGUUUAACAACUUCGAAAAAUCGUCUUUGCAUUGAUUUCCACAACUUUUUAGUAAGUUUGGGGGAUAACUUCUUGCACUUCCUGCACAAAGUUGUUCCCGUCCCUAAUAUUGUAAAUUUUCAACAUAUUUUUAACGAUAGACCAUAAAUUUUCAAUUGAAUUUAUGUCUGGGCUUUGCGGUGUUGUUUUUAGGUAAAAUGGACAGUAGUAGAAGAUCCAAAGACGAGUAUCCAGAGCAGUAUGUUUGGGGUCAUUAUCUUGGUGAAACAGAUAUCGACCCCCCAAUCCAAGUUUAUGUGCACUUGCGUGUAUUUAUGCUAUAUUUUUAGUUUUUGUGGAAAUAUUAUUAACUUUUAUAUAAAAAUCAAUAGAUUUGGCAUUCCGCAGUAAUUUUUCAUCCAAAUCUAGUUUUUUUUUCAAAAUUGGUUUGAAAUGUCUAUUUUCGCUGAAAAAAUAAGGUGUACAAAUACGGAUUUUGCAUACUGCAUGUAUAACAUUUACAUAUGUAUAACAUAUAACACCAGAUAUUAUCAAUUUACAAUCACAUUUUUUGUACGUUUAAUAUGUAAAACGAACAAAAACAUUUAAAACAAGUAAGGAAAGGCUAAGUUCGGGUGCAACCGAACAUUUUAUACUCUCGAAAUUUAUUGCUGUAUUUUUGUUAAGAUAACACACAAUUUGACCCAUAUAUUCGGCAUAAAGUUCAGUAAAAAAACGAAAAU